CUGCAUACUUCGAUUGCUGUUGAACUGCUGAAGUAAUAAUCAACUGAUCAUAUUGCUCCAUCUGUCUCUCUCUUUACAUGCUUUGAUAAUGCUAAAGUGGUAAUCAGCUGAUCAUCUUGCUGGAUCUGUAUCUCUUUGAUUGCUAAAGGUAACAAGAUCUCCUUUAUUUUUAUCACUCAAUUCCAUAGUAUCUUUGUGUCAUUUUUAAGAUAGACUUAUUUUAGGAUUCUUUUGCUUUUUAUUUCUCAAUUAAAAAAGUGUGUUUUGCAUUUGAUUUUAAUAUUAAUUUUUUUAAAACUUUUUUCUCAGUAAAAAAAAAAAAAUCCUUUCAUUUGUUUCACAUUAUAUGUUGUUGUACAUUUCACAUUUGAUUUUGUAUGAGCGUUAAUUGUUUAUUUUCUUUGCUUAUCUUAGUCAGUCAACUCUGUUCGUUUUCACCUCUCGUUUUGUUCCAGUAACUUGUAGCUGUUAUUCUCUACCAAAUGGAGUUUGCAAAGUUAGCUGUGGAUCCCAUUGUAUCCAAAGUUGUCGAACUGUUGGUUAAUCCUGUUGUGCGUCAGAUCAAAUAUGUAUUCAACUACAGUGCCAACAUCAACAAUCUCGAAGAAGAAGUUGAAAAGCUCAGUGAUGCUAAACAAAGGGUUAAGCACACUGUGGAGGUGGCUGGGCGGAAUCCACUAGAACAAAUUGAACCUGAUGUUCAGCAUUGGUUGGCUAAGGUGGAUAGUGUCGCUGAAGAUGCAGAUAAAAUUCUUCUUCAACAUAAAGAUGGAGGAAAAAGGAGGUGCUUCAUGGGAUUGUGUCCAAAUUUGAUCAGGCGCCACCAGAUUAGUAGAAAAGCCAGUAAAGAAAUACCAAUCAUUGUUGGAGCCCGAGAAGGGGGAAAUUUUCCCAGAGUUUCCUACCGUGCUCCGCCACAGGGCAUAGGGGCAGUCAAAGAGUGUGAAGCCUUUGAAUCAAGAACCUCUGUUGUAGAUGCAAUCUUGAAUGCUUUAAAAGAUGCUGACGUCAAUCUCAUUGGAGUGUACGGAAUGGGAGGCGUGGGUAAAACCACACUUGUGAAACAAAUAGCCACUCUGGUCAGGGAACUCGGAAUCUUCAAAUUGGUGGUUAUAGCAACUGUCACCCACAGUGUGGUUGUGACAAGUGUUCAGCAAGAAAUUGCAGAAUGGCUAGACUUCAAACUUGGUGCCGAGUCUAUUGCAGUACGAGCAGCUCGAUUGAGUGAGCGAAUCAAAAAAGAAGAGAAAAUUCUAAUAAUUCUUGAUGAUAUAUGGGAAGCAAUCAAACUAGAUGAGAUAGGAAUUCCUUAUGGCACUGAUCAUAAUGGAAGCAAGAUACUUAUGACGUCCAGAAAUCAAUCUGUAUUGUCGGAAAUGGGUGUACAGAGAGAUUUCAGGCUUGAAGUUUUAGAGCAUCAAGAGGCAUGGAGUCUAUUUGAGAAGAAGGUAGGAGAUCUUAAUGAUUCCAACUUACGACCUAUAGCUGUGGAAAUAGCAAAGAGAUGUGCAGGCUUGCCCAUUUUAAUUGUAGCAGUAGCGACUGCAUUGAAAAAUAAGCAGGCAUUUGAAUGGAAUGAUGCGUUGGAAAAGCUUAAAAUAUUUGAUGGCAGGGGACAUGAAAAGAGAGUUUACUCAGCCCUAGAGUUGAGUUACAACUUUUUGAGAGAUGAGGAGAAGUCUUUGUUCCGACUCUUGGGACAACUCAAAGCUAAUGAGGGCAUCCGAGACUUGUUUAAAUAUGUCGUGGGGUUUGGCUUAUUUGAUCAACACAUCACACUAAAAGCAACAAGAAAUAGACUACUUACAGUAAUAAGUGAUCUAAAGCAGUCUUGUUUGUUACUUGAAGAUGGGGGCCAUAAGCGAGUCAAAAUGCAUGAUGUGGUUCACAGCUUUGCAGCCUCAUUUGUGUCCAAGCACGAUCAAGUGCUCACUGCAGCAUAUAAAGCUGAAUUGGAAGAAUGGCCGAACGAGGACUUUUUUAAGCAGUGCACAUCAAUCUCUUUGCCAUAUUGCAAAAUCCCUAAGCUCCCUGAAGUAUUUGAAUGCCCAAAACUCAAGUCAUUUUUUUUGUUCAAUCAAGAUUCCUCGCUCAAAAUCACAGAGAAUUUAUUCAGUAGAAUGAAAGAACUCAAAGUCUUGGGUUUGACGAGAAUUUAUUUGUCACCACUUCCUUCAUCGAUUCAAUCCCUUGAGAACCUCCAAACCUUAUGUUUGGAUUUCUGUGAUCUAGAAGACGUAGCUGCAAUUGGAGAGCUAAAACAGCUGCAAGUUCUUAGCUUGAUUGGAUCUACAAUUGUUCGAUUGCCGAAUGAAGUAAGAAAAUUGACUUGUUUGCGACUUUUGGAUUUGAGUAUAUGUCAAAGACUUAAAGUGAUUCCGCCAAAUGUCCUAUCAACACUAGCCCAAUUGGAGGAAUUAUACUUGGGGGGAAGCCUUGUGCAAUGGGAGGGUGAAGGGCAUGAUGAAGGAAACAACAACGCUAACUUGUCUGAAUUGAAGCUUUUGUCAAAAUUGUCCACUCUAGAGAUACAUAUCAUAGAUGCAAAUAUCAUGCCUAAAGAUAUAUUUUCUGAAAAAUUGGAACGUUUUAGAGUAUUCAUUGGAGAUGGGUGGGCCAAUAAUGAGUAUGAGACCUCAAGAUCAUUGAAACUCAAGCUGAAUAGAAGCGCCUUGUUGGAGAGAGUAAAAGUGUUGCUGAUGAAAACCGAAAGUCUAUAUUUGGACGACUUGAAGGGCGUGAGAAGUGUUCUCUAUGAAUUAGAUGAUCAAGGCUUUCCUGAGUUAAAGCAUCUUCAUGUUCAAAAUAGCCUUGAUAUUCAAUAUAUCAUAGACUGGAUGAAAAUGAACUAUUUCACUGCUUUUCCCAAGUUGGAGUCAUUAUUUCUUCACAAUCUGAAUAAUUUGGAGAAGAUUUAUCGAGGGCCUUAUACAGUGGGAUCUUUUAGCGAUUUGAGAAAAUUAAAGGUAGAAAAUUGUAAUGCAUUGAGGAGUCUCUUCUCAUUUUCUAUGUUUAAUGUCCUUAAGAAGCUAGAAAAAGUGAAUGUGAAUAAUUGCGAAAUUAUACAAGUGAUAGUAGCUAAGGAAGGUGAAGAUGAUGAAGAAUGUGAGUUGAUGCAACUACGAUCCUUAACGUUGGAAAAUCUACCCCAAUUUACAAGCUUUGGUUCCCAAGUGAAGGUGCAUUCUACAUCCCAAAGAGCACAAAAUCAAGAAAUAGCUACUAUGGCCUCCAAUGAAAUUGUAUGUGAAGCUGAUGCGGAAGUUCUGGUGGCACUUUUCAAUGACAAGAUUCGAUUUCCUAAUUUGGCAGACAUGAAGUUCGUUGGAAUUAAUGUGGAAAUGAUAUGGCCUUGUCAACAUAAAGCAUUGUCUCUGAGUAUUGAAAAAUUAACAACAUUGAUUGUAGAUGGGUGUGGGAAUUUGAACUUUCUAUUCACAUCUUCUAUUGUUGGAAGUCUUCCACAGCUUAAAGUGCUUGAGAUAUGUGACUGCAAAUCUAUGGAAGAAGUAAUACUUGCAGCAGGAGAAGGAGAAACGAUGAGCAAAAUUUUAUUACCUAAAUUAGACUCUCUAAAGCUCAAAGGUCUUCCCAAGCUUGUAAGGUUCUGCAUAGCUAAGUUAAUUGAAUGUCCCUCCUUGAAAGUGUUGAAGAUGGAGAAUUGUCCUCGUUUGCAAGCAUUUGUCUCCACACAAGUGAACACAGCUCUCUUCGAUGAAAAGGUUCGGUUUCCUAAUUUGGAAGAAUUGCAUGUUGAGGACAUGCAUAUGUUGAAGAUGAUAUGGUGUGAUGAAGUCCUAGCAGAUUCCUUUGGUAGAUUAAAAGUGCUAAAGGUGCUAAAUGGAAAACAGCUACUGGAAAUCUUUCCGUCUAAAUUGUUGGAAAAGUUCUUGGUGAAUCUAGAAUCAUUAACUGUACGACAAUGUGAUUCAGUGAAAGAGGUGUUUGAUCUCCAAACAAUAAUAAAAGAAAGAGAAGUACCUGUUGUAAGGCACAGUCAAUUGAGAGAUUUGUUCAUUUGGAAUCUUCCGAAUUUAAUUCAAAUAUGGAAUAGGGAUCCUCAUGGCAUUCUCUCCUUUUUUAACCUACGAGAAGUGCGUGUUUGGGAUUGUCCAAAUUUGAAAAAAUUGUUCCCAUUUUCAGUAGCUCAAUGUCUACCGCAUCUUGAACUUCUAAGCAUAGGUGAUUGUGGAAUGGAGGAAAUCGUUACUAAGGAGGAAAGAGCAGAGGCACUUGCUAUUAUUCCCAAGUUUGCAUUUCGUGGGCUAAAGGCCAUGCUCCUUUGGGGAUUAGAUGAAUUGAAGUAUUUUUACUCAGGAAAGCACACUCUAGAAUGUCCACAACUAAAACAUUUAAGUGUGAAUCUCUGCGGAAAGCUGCAAACUUUCAAUUUUGAAUCUCAAGAAAUACAAGAAAUGAUCAUGGAUAAGCAAGAGGACGAACUGAAACUUCAAAUUCCACAACCACUUUUCUCAUGUAGAGAGAUUAUUGGCAAUUUGGAGGGAUUAACAAUAAAUGACCAGGACGCUGCAAUGAUACAACAAAGCCAAUUUCCAAUGCAUCUCUUUGUCAAACUAAAAUUUCUUCACCUGCAAAGCUUUGGUUAUUCUUUCUUGAAUUUGCCACUUAAUCUUCUUCAGAAGUUUCCAAAUUUGGAAAUCCUUGUUUUGAAAGAUUGUUAUUUCAAAGAAUUACUGCAACAUGGUCAUGGUCAUGAUCCAGUUCCAUCACAGAUCCGAUGCUUAGAGCUUAAUUGGCUUCCUAAUAUUAGACAUGUAUGGAAUCAAGAUUCUCCAUUUUUUCAGAAUCUUGAAACUCUUCAAAUAUGGGAUUGCCAUGGUUUGACUAAUCUGGCACCAUCCUCUGCAACUUUCCAAAAUCUUAUGACUCUGAUUGUGAGGAGGUGUAAUGGAAUGUCAAGCUUAGUAUCUUCUUCUACUGCUGAAAGUAUGCACAAUCUCGCCACAAUGAUUAUAGAAGAAAGCGAUACGAUUGAAGAAAUUGUGUCAAGCGACAAAAAUAAUUUCCAAUCCCAAAAUGAGAUUAUUUUGUCCAAACUUUGAUGGACCAUUUGGGAAUUUGUUCAAGUUGAGUGAGCUAAAAUUGAUAAAUCUUCCAAUGUUGAGGCUUGUGUGGAUUGAGAUUCCCAAAGGAAUUUUAGAUCUCAGAAACCUUAAACUGCUCAAAAUCUACAAUUGUAGCAGUUUGAGAUAUAUAUUUACUCCUACCAUCUGCUGUGGCCUUGAGCAACUCCAAGUGCUUGAAGU